AUGUUGCCGAGCUAUAUAACUCUUUUCUGCUUCCUCUCCUCCCUCGUCGGAGCCGAGUUUGCCUAUAACAUCGAACCUGGCGACGCUAAGAUCGGAGAACAUUACGUCGUGGAAGAAUACCAGCUCCAGACUUUCCACGAGGCAUUGGCCAAAGGGGUUGAGGAUUCACCCGCUGCUGCCCUAGAUACGCUUCUGGGAAAGCGACAAUCAUGUAGAGCUGGAUACGGCUACUGCACGUACGCCAGAGGCUGCUGUCCCUCCUCCAACAGAUGCUGCUCCGGCGGAUACUGCCUCGAACCCGGAAAAGUCUGCUGCGCUCGCGGCCCCUGCCCCAGCGGCCACAACUGCUGUGGUGUAGACGGCUGUAAUCCCAUCGGCACGGAGUGCUGCCGCGACGGAAGAUACUGUCCGGCCGGGAACAUUUGCGUGAUUAUGCCAGGCGUCGCCCGGAUCGUCUGCUGUACGGACCUGCGUUGCACGGCGCGGGUGGACAAUGGGCGGACGACGGUGAUUGGGGGCAUGACGACGAGGACGAAUACCUUCACGACGACGGAGUACCGGACUUACUACAUGACUAUAACUUGGUGGUACUACUCGUACUAUUGGUCUUAUUCGUUCGCCAUCAGCGCAUCCAUCGUGACGUCUACUCGCGUAUCGACCAGGACGGUAUACACCGUGCGCACGACGGAUGCGGAUGCCGCAUCGGACUACUUUAGCGACCUUUCGAAGGAUCUGACGCUUCCGACGCCGGCAGCCGCGACGUCGCUGGCCGAUCGGGCGGGUGAGACUUCCUAUUUGGAUGGGGGCAGACACCUCACCAGCUCUACUACAACAUCGAGAGCGACCGCUGCCACAUUCAAUCCGGGUUCGGGAUCAGGAACGAGCGAUUCCGGUUCGAGCUCGUUGUGGUCGGGUCUCGACCGAGCCACAGGGCUGCUGCUCAUUGUCGGCAUUGGAAUUGGGGCUGGGGCAGUUCUUUUGUAA